UUGAAUUCCCGUAGGAAUCAGCUAGCAUUCUUGCAGCUAGCGGUGCAAAGGGGGCCAGUAAAUCAAUGGUCCUAAAUCGGUUAAAUGUUUAGUUUAAUCUCUUUUUGUAACCCCGAACAACGCCGCGAGCUUUGAAAGGUGCAGGGAGCAGGGCAGAUUAACAACGGGCUCGCUAGAGUAAGAUACUUGAAGAGGGGUUGCUAAAAGAGAAGUUGAAUGGAUCCGAGGGUAGCUUGGAUUCAGCCCGAACAGAAAGGACCUGCGAACGCCUUAUGGAUGCACGUCUGGGAGACCUCUCAGGGAAUACGGACGCUCUCCGCUCAUCAGCAGCUCCACAAUCAAAACCACAAGCAUUGUGUGAGUUAUGCUGCGUUGGAUGUUUUAAAAAAUGUGGCAAGCGCAGUGGCUGCGAGCAAGAGCAAUUGCAGCAGCAACGGUAACGUUACAGCCAGCCUGAGCAACGGCAGUAGCCAUCACAGCUUAAUGAGCGGAUCUACACACAGUAGUAUAAACGGCACUGCCAAGCUGGGGAUAACGCUGUCCAACGGGAACGUGCAGAACUCUUUAACGACGGUAAACGUCGCCGAACCAGGUGAGGGAAAAAUCUUGCCUCAGAAUACGGGGUCCGUCUGUUCCUCGUCUUCCCAGGAAUCCGGGACAGAGAGUUCCCAUUCCAGUUGCUCACUUGAAAGGACUAUGGGUGGAAAUGUGACCGGCAACUUUAAUAAAAAUGUAGGGGCUGCCAACCUGAUCUUCGGCUUGAGCGACAGCAUGGAUAAUAAUGUCAACCUUUACAACCAUCAUCAUCGAAAACUACAGGAACAACCGGCUUUCAAUUUGCAGCAAACCUGCGUGAAGCGUCAUCAGGUCCACUCCUCUGUACCUAGUAAUCACACACAUAAUCACCAUCCAGGCCGAAGGAAAAGUGACAAUAAGGCGAGCACCUAUGGGAUGAAUUACUUGUUUUCGAACUGCACUAAUGGUAAUGCGAUCACUUGGACACCAUGGAAGAUUAGGAAAUACAACCCUGGGGUUCUCGGACUCCACGAAGAGGUGAUGGACUUCUACAACUUCAUGUCUCCCCGGCCUGAGGAGGCUGCUAUGAGGAAAGAGGUUGUCAGUCGGAUAGAGAUGAUCAUCAAGGAGCUGUGGCCCACUGCAGAUGUUCAAAUAUUUGGCAGCUUCAGCACAGGACUAUACCUUCCAACCAGUGACAUUGACCUGGUGGUUUUUGGGAAGUGGGAGCGUCCCCCGCUGCAAGAGCUCGAGCAAGCUCUGCGUAAACACAAAGUGGCAGAACCUUUCUCUAUUAAAGUGCUGGACAAGGCUACAGUGCCAAUUAUCAAGCUGACAGACCAAGAGACUGAGGUGAAGGUGGACAUCAGUUUUAACGUAGAGACGGGAGUUAAGGCAGCAAGCUUCAUUAAAGACUACGUAAAGAAAUAUCCAGUGCUGCCUUACCUGAUCUUUGUCCUGAAGCAGUUUCUGCUGCAGAGAGAUCUAAAUGAAGUCUUUACAGGGGGCAUCAGCUCAUACAGCCUCAUCCUCAUGGUCAUCAGUUUCCUCCAGCUCCAUCCCCGUAUCGAUGCUAGAAACCCCAGUGAGAACUUGGGCGUGUUGCUGAUUGAAUUCUUUGAACUGUACGGCCGUCAUUUCAACUACUUGAAAACUGCAAUUCGCAUCCGAAACGGAGGCGCAUACGUAGCCAAAGAGGAGAUGAUGAAGGCCAUGAUAAAUGGAUACAGGCCAUCCAUGCUUUGCAUAGAGGACCCACUACUUCCAGGUAAUGAUGUGGGACGGGGUUCCUAUGGUGCCAUGCAUGUUAAGCAGGUGUUUGACUACGCUUACACCGUCCUGAGUCACGCUGUGUCUCCGCUCGCACGGUCAUAUCCCAACAAAGAUUGUGAAAGCACAUUGGGGAGGAUAAUCAGGUUGACCCAGGAAGUUAUCGACUACAGGGAAUGGAUCAUUAAGAAGUGGGGGGGCAGAGAUUUGGCAAGAACCGACAACAGAGUGCCAUCUCCCAAGGAGCCAGUUUCAGAGCCGGAGCCCUGCAUGCUCAGCAGUGGUGUUGGAUGUUCAGAAGAGCAGCAAAGGGACUCUGUGUCCCCCCACAGUGCCGACUCCCCCAUGUCCAUCUCCAGCCCACAGCAGCACUCAUCAGCCUCUUCAGUCUCCUCUCUCUCUGGAUCUGACAACGACUCCGAUUCAGCGUUGCCCCUCCCUCCACCAACCCUGCCAACAUACCCGUCUUUCCCGCCCCUCAGCCUGGCUUUACCACCGGGCCUCAACAUGGGCACUGGGAAGCAUGGCAUGGGAGGACACCAUCUGCUCCUUCCUCCAGGCUCACAGGCUCGCGUCUCACUGCCCGGCGGUCUUGCAGUGCACUCCAUACCUGGCAGACAGGUGUGUAUGGACUCUGGGCUCCCCCCCUUCUUCCACAUGCCCCCCCAAGCCCAUGCUCACGCCCCUGCCCCUUCCAGUCCCCAGCCUCCGCCCAGCCCCCACUCCAGCCACACACACAAGAACGGAGCAAAGUUCAACGUGAAGGGCUUCCACAACCCGCCGGUGGUCAACAACGCCCCUCUGGCUAACCGCGGACACACGCACACACACGCACAGUACCACCGCAACUCCUGGCGACGCAGAAAGAGGGACAGCCUACCAGUUAGCCUCAGCAGAUAGAAGCCACUCCUAUCCCCUUUUACUUUUUCCUCCUUCUCCUCUCUGGCUGCAGAACCUCUGGCCCUGCGUUCAUCUCAAAGGCAGGCGGGCGGUCAGACGGACAACCAGAGACCAGCAGUUUUCCCUUUGAGGAGCAGCAGCAACAAAAUGAAACAGACAGAUCUGCAUCCUCCUAUCUUUACCUUUCCGUUUUUUUUGCAUGACUUCUUCUUUUUCUUCUCUCCACAGUGUUACAUUACUUUCAGUGUUUUUCACCCCUCCGUGUUUCAGGUCUGUUGCUGUUUAUUUUUGUUGGACUCGGUGGUGACAACAGUUCAGUUGACCUCAUCUUGACCCUCACAGCCAAGCUGCUUGUGGUUUGGUGUUACCGUUUUUUAUUUUUUAAACUACACUAAGAAAACUUUUUUUUUUUCACUUUGUGCAAUAAUGUUAUUUUCUUUUUGAAAUUAAAGUAACUGCUUAUUUAAUUUUGUGUGUGGAUAUGUAAAGGCAUUUUAUACUGAUUAUUUUUGUAGAAUUUUAAGUCUUGUUUACGAAACCGUUCCCCAGGCAGCAUCAGUCGGUGUUUGUAUGCGCGCUCCUGUAUGUCUAGAUUGUGAUGGACCUCCUCCUCUUCCUCUCUCCUCUCUUUAGAUGUCUUGAUCUGUUUCAUUAAGCGAAGUAGUCACAGAAAGGGAAAGCUUUUACCAGAACAUGUCCUCCAUUUUUCUUAAUGUGUCUUGUGAAAAUGGGCGAGGUGAAUGAUAUAUUCCCAGUGGAAGCUUUUUGUUCCUCAGUCCAGUUAGUCCAAGGCAUGUUGAAGGAAAGUGGAGGAGCGGAAAUCACACUCUGGUAUCUCCUGGGAAACGAAAGGAGAGGAUGUGCUCCUGAUUUGGCCUCUAAGGUAGCAGAAAGUCUUUAGCAGUGCCAUUUGAAGAAUGUGUUUGUGUAUAUUUCUGUAUGUGUGUGCAUCCCUUUAUGGGAGUAUUUUUGCCAUAUUUUGUCAGGCAAAGGAAGGCUGACAGUAGCUCUUUCUCUCCAAUGGAAGCAACUUUCAAAGAAAAGCCUCCAGCUGGUGCAGGAUUUAGGCCUGAGAGAGCCUGUUCCGUUAAAGCUCCAUGCUCUUGUUUAAUUUUUGUACUCGUCUCUUUCGUUACACGUCUUGGGAGGGUUGAGGCCAAGAAGGCUUCAGCUGAUCUGACUUGAAUUUGAAGCUCAUGGUUAGGCUAAGAGGACUAAAAAGCCACUUAUUCCAGGUCAGAGAUCUCCUCAUGUGCUUGCUGUCUAGAUGAGGAACAAAAAUCAGUGUAGACCAACACUUAAGAUGCUGACUUAUAAGUUGUUUUUUUUUCUGUUUUUUCCUCCCUGUUUGUGGUCCUGGACAAAGGAGAAGGAGGGACGGUAGGGGUUUCUUCUUGAACCAAGGACCCUAAUGAAAGGGAAUUAUAUUUUGAUUCCGUUCAGGAAUCUUGUGUACAUUUGAUUGCCAGGUACUUCCGCUAAUUGUUUGCAAUGCCUUUCUUUGUUUACUUGGAGUGUGUGUAUCACGUUUUCCGCGAGCACACCAUGCCACACGAACACGCGUUUGCAGACAGGACUGUGGAAGGCUGUGGCUCGCCCAGAACACUACACAUGCCGGUGUUAUUACUAUGCAAGUGGAUUACUCUAAUUAUUGUGUCAACUCUUUAACGUGGGUUCUGGGUUGUUUUCCAUCUACAAACACUACUUGUUGGACUAGAGUGAUGUUACUGUCAGACUCAAGCCAACUUAUAGGAACCACAACUCAACCCCCUACCCAACCCACCCCCACAUUUGUAUUUAUAUGAAGGUCCUGAUGUGUUUCAGUCUAGUUUUCUACAUCUAUCAUUCAAAUGUAAGGAAUGCAGGAUGUCUAUGUCAGUGGUUGGCUCUGGGUCUGUGUAGUGUGUGAUAAUAGUGAAAUGUGUGUGAGGAAUUGAGACUCAUGACUUGCCACUACAAGUUUUUAAUCGGACGUUUGAUGAGCAGGUGCACCCAGAGAGCGACUUGCACUCUGCAGGUGCACUUCAAAAAGGGCCGAAGUGUACACCAACAAUCCUUUUUUUUUUUUCUUUUUAACUAUGACACCUUGAGCACUGUUAAAACUGCUUGUGAUGUUUGUUUUUCUAUCUUAUUUCUGUUUUUGUUUUUUGUUUUUUUUCUUGAAAGCAUGGCAACUCUAAUCUGUCAGUCAAAGCUGCACCUGGCCUCCCUGCAGUUGUACAGCAGUUUCUGUUUUGACUGAUGGGGCUCAGCCAAAGUACAUUGUGUUAAUCAUCAGCUCCAGCUUAUAAAUUUCUUUGACAUUUGAUGAUUUGAAACCACCCCCC